UAAUCUUCACAAACUCCCUAGAAAAUGACAUUGACUUCAUUUUUCCGUUCCUAUAAUCUGGACCUUAAUAUCUUUUUCCUCUCUUCCUCCUUCAUAAUAAGCAUCUGCGCUCUCUCUUCUCUGCUCUCACUCAAUUGUCAAACCAUGCUAAGUCAUACACAAGAACUCACGGGAAACCGCCAUGUAUCUUCUUCCACACCAACCUGUCAUGCACAGAGCCGCCAUGGAAGCGGAGACAGAGAAUUCAGUUUCUGGUGUUCAUCAAAUACAGAAUCCUCAGGAAAUGAUUGUGUUCGACUUCAAGGGAGAUCUGGAGAAGGGUGUGGUAUGCACUCUCCUACUUCGUGGGAAACAUACAAAGGAACAAGCUUUAAAUCAAAGAAUUCAACUUUGAUCCAUGGUAGCCACCAUUGUUACAGUGUUUCUCAUGAUUCAAGAAGUAAAGCUAUUGCAGAAAGUAGGAAGGAGCUUAUGCAGACGCUUCAAGACUUGCCUGAGUCAAGCUUUGAGCUUUCUUUCCAGUAUCUGGUGCAGCAGCAGCAAGUGUUGCAACCUGUUCAAAAUGAAGCUUUCAUUGGCAAAAAUAGCGUCAAUGAAGCUCAUGUCAGAAAGAAGGAUAGAAAGAAGAAGGAAAAGGAGAAGGAGAACAAUAAACCAAAUCAGAUAUUGCGGGUUGAGGGCAUGGGAAAUGAAAAUUUCCUCCUCAAGAUGUUCUUUCCGAGUUCUUUAGACUGGAACAAGAAGGCAAAAGUGGGGAAUGUCCCCAAGCUUUCACCAUCAUUUCAGGAAUCCAAGGAGAAGAGGAUAAAGAAGUCGUCUCCGGCAAGAGAAAACAGAAGCGACUCGGAAGAUAACACAGGUGAAAGCACCAAUAACAGUCGUAAGAGAAGCAGUAAAAGCAGGUAUGGUUGUGGCAAUUUCUCAGUAGGUUGCUGGCCGUCUCUUUUUUCUCAACAACAGAGAAACAUGGGGGAUGAGAUUUAAACAGGGAUGCUUGAAGGGUACGACAGGAUUAAAAACAUAAGUUGGAUGGAAGAAUAGCAUGGGUAGAAACUUUUGAGGCAAAAAUGAAGGGCAUGCUUCAGUCGGACAGAGAAAUCACCUGGAGAGUUUUGCAACCCAUUAGUAGAGACAUCUGCUUUCUCUGAGACACUAAUCUUCUGAAACUUCUGUCUCUGUUCCAGUUGUUGUAUGCUUUCAUUUCUUUCCUGACAAAUAGGAGAUGUUCGCUAAUAAGCAGACAAAGUUGCCAGAAGGAAAACAAAUUCUAAUAUAAAUUACAAGCUUUAACUUCCA